AUGGAAGAUGCUCGGCUGGCUCUGGGCUUCCCCGGCCUGGGGGCCUCCCCUGGCAGCGAAAGUUUUCACUUUUCCUACAUCAGCCGGAAUUGCCCACCUGUCCAGGUUAAAAGCUGCACCAUGGGGCUCGGGCAGGAACGACACGUCUCAGAGCUGCACGUUCUUCGGGGACGCAGACAGAACCGAAGAGUCACUCGCCCUGCAGGCCCGGACCUGACGCCCCGCCCCCGCCUCUUCCCCAGGACCUGGGACCUGCGGCAGCUGCAGGUGUGGGAGCGCCCCGUGGCCUUGGAGGCUGAGCUGGCCCUGACGCUGAAGGUCCUGGGGACCGUGGCUGACGGGUCCCAGGGGGACAUCCUGGACCAGCCCCUUCACACGCUGCGCCACAUGCACUCCGAGCUCCAGGCCGUCUCGGCUCAGUCUGAAGCAGGCCACCGGCCCCAAGGCCGCCUCCAUCACAGGGUGCAGUGUCUCCACGAGGCCCCGAAGAAGGUGAAGUCCCUCGGCUGCCUGGAGGCCUCUGUCCUAUUCAACCUCUUCCGCCUCCUCACCCGGGACCAGAAAUGUGUCGCCAGUGGAGACCUGUGUGUGUGACCCCUGACAGCCACCUGCACCCUGUCCCAACACCUUAGGUAUUACUUAUGCAUCCACCACUUUUCUUAAUUCAUUGCCACCAAAUCAUGAUUUAUGAAUUCAUGUGCGUGAAUUCUCAAACU